AUGCAAGAAGUUGAUCAAAUUUUAAAGGAUUUAGAGAAGAAAAAAGAGAUUCAAGCAGAAUCAGAACCUAAAAAACAAGCAAAAAAGAUUAGAAGAUGUGGUACAUGCAAAAAAAUUGGGCAUUCUAGGAAUAUUUGCCCAGAAAAUAGAGAAUUAAAUACAGGGACUGAAUGGAAUACUCAUACAGAAACUUUUUGUGGAAUGAUCACACCUGGACACGGAAAGUCGAAUAACACGUCUGUCAAAAAUAGCAAAAAAAGAAAACCAGAGUCGAAUGGAAUAAAUAUACUGAAAACUCCAACAAAUACAGUGUUUUCAUAUACAAACGCAACUCAAACAACACCAUGUAGUAUAGCAAAAAACAAGUUUCGAAAAAAGGGAGAUAAUGAUAAUUUAUGCACAGAAGAAAAUAAUCGUAAAGAAAGUGUUACAUUUUCUCAUGUUCAUCCAUUGAGGUUUUCAAACGAUCUAGACGAUAUUAUUCCUCCAGCAGAAUUCUUAUUUCCAUAUGAAGGCAUGAAGUGGUAUGAAACCAUGGAGUAUUCUGUUGAUUUUGAAAAUAUACAACCAGAUUCUCGUAAAGAUAUGCUUGCUUUUUGUAAAUUUAAUUCUUACAAAAAAAUCAAUUAUGAGGAUAUUUUAAAUGAUUCUCCUUUAUUUAAACCACUUCCAAAUAGCAUUUUCGACUUUAUUGAUGAUGAAAUAGGGAGUAAAAGUCCAGUUCUUAAUUUUUAA